CCAGUCGAGCACCAUGCGUUUGACGGGGUUUUUGUCACCAAGGGAAACCCUGCUACAUGUGGUAAUAUUUAGCUCAGCCAGAAAAAGGGGGAAGUAGCGUAAGAUCAGUUGGAUUUGUUAGAGGACGAGUUAUAAACAAUGAAAAACAAUCUUGCAGCCUCAAGCAACAACACACCUGUGUAUGAAGGUUAUGCUUCAGCUCGGUCCCAACAAGGCAAAGCAAGUUUAUUUGUAUAGCACAAUUCAACACAAGGUAAUUCCAUCAACAUUAAAAGCAGCAAGACACAAUUAAACAGUAAAUAACAAAUAAAAUGAUAAGAAAAGAGGUAAAAUAAUAAAAAGCAACAGUUGUUAAAAAAUAAGGGCAGUAGAGUACAGCAGGUAAGUAUUUAAUUUAAGAGUACGCUUCAGUAAACUAAUGUUUUUAGGCCUGAUUUAGGAUCUACAGUUGGAGCAGACCUCAGGUCUACAGGAAGUUUGUUCCACCGGUGAGGAGCAGAAUAACUGAACGCUGCCUCAUGUAUUUUGGUCCAAGACCAUUCAGGUCUUUGUAGACCAGCAGUAAGAUUUUAAACUCUAUCCUUUGACUCACUGGAAGCCAGUGUAGUGAUUUCAUGACCGGUGUAAUGCGGUCCAGUUUCCUGGUGUUUGUAAGUAACAAGAAGUUUGUAACGAGACGAUUAAAGUGUCAAGCUGCUCAAAGUCAGGAGCCUGCAGCCGUCAACGCUGUCCAUGCCAGAUGGCCCGCUCCAUAACACGAGGCUUAAGUUAACUUUCUUAUGGGACUUGGUUCUGGUUGGUGAAUUUUAACGAGCUCUUUCUAUACUAAGGUCAGCUUUGACGGGCAGAUUCUUGACCUCGAGGCCUUUAACCUGCUCAUAAUCUCAUAAGACGACUAAAACGUCUCAUCACUAAGACCCGUUAAUAAAGAUCACACGGUUCAGGUUGUGUCCAGGGGUUUGUUUUGUUUUGUUGUUGUUGCAGUGUUUGUUUUAAAUGUUUAAGGCCAAAGUAUGAUAUCACAUAUUUUCAGUGAGUGGGUGUAGGGGAAGUGAGUUUAUGUGUAUAUAUAGUCAUCUGAAAGGGCAGUCAGCAGGAAGUGUCACUCGCUGGAGGAAUCAGAAUGAAGCUGUCAUCCGUCGUCAAAGGUAAGGGCACAUGGUGAUCCAGACCCGGACCAGGACCCGGUCCUCGUCUGUGUUACUGACCUGUUUCUCUCUUACAGCUUUAGGAUCUCUGUGUCUGCUGAUUGUUGAUGGAUCUCCAGUUUCAAUGGAAGAGUUUCCAGAGAUUAUUGGACCAAAGCACGUCUGCAUAAAGGCCUGUCCAGGUAAGCCGCUGGUUCUUCACUGCGAUGCGUUUACCACCUCCAGCAACGAUGAGACUCUCAUCUACUGGCUCGUCAAUGACCUUUUCCCCGAAGAUGCUCAGAACCAAGGCAGGAUUGUGGAGUCCAAUGAAUCAAGUCUGGAGGAAGGUUUGAUCCUGCAGAAGAGUUUGCUGCUGAAGAAAGUGACGUCUGAGGACCUCAAGUCCACCUUCAGCUGCAUCGUGAGCACUGCGGGAGGAAUGGCCCAGAAGUCCAUAAAGCUAGUAAAAACAACUAGUCCUAUUAAAGGAAAAAAAAGAAGCAGCUUGAGAUGAAAGCAAACAGCGACUCCUGGAUGUUGAAGACCCCCCCUCGGUCUGAAGACGCCCCUCUUCUCUUCAAUGAACCUCCAGAGUUGUUUUGUUUUUAUGUGAAAAUAAUUUUUGAUGUAACUGCUGACAACUGUAAAUCUAAUGCCAAAGAGACUUUUUAUGGAAAAUAAACUGAAUAUUA